UAAACAAGCAAAAUUCUCUGUUCCUGUACGGUUUUGGUGAAUCUGUGUGUUGCGUUCGUUUCUCCUAUCGCAACCGGUUGGAUCGGCCGGUACUACGUACGGUCCAGCCCAACGAAAACGCUAACGGACGCUACUCCUUGCCAGCUCCGUUGGGGGUCGGUGGUACCUUGAAGUGGUUCCUCGGGGCGUACUAUUCGUACGCGAAGCAUCCGGCCAAAAUUGAGACCGACGGAGCAUCGUCCAGGAUGUCGGGUGAUCAAAAAACCCUCAUCAAGGGCAAUCCAUCACAGUACGUGAAGUUAAACGUUGGUGGAUGUUUACAUUACACCACGAUCGGAACACUUUGCAAGCAGGACACAAUGCUCCGAGCUAUGUUUAGUGGACGGCUAGAGGUGCUUACUGAUUCGGAAGGUUGGAUAUUAAUCGAUCGAUGCGGUACACACUUUGGCACGAUACUGAACUUCCUUCGGGACGGAAGCGUAGCACUGCCGGAAACAACCAAAGGUAUCGCGGAACUGCUGGCCGAAUCCAAAUACUACUGUAUCGAGGAACUGAUCGAAGCGUGCGAGAAGGUGCUCGCUAAGAAGGAACGAGAAUCGGAACCGAUCUGCCGGGUGCCCUUGAUAACAUCGCAAAAGGAGGAACAGUACCUGAUCAGCACGGCCACCAAACCGGUGGUGAAAUUGCUGAUCAAUCGCCACAACAAUAAGUACUCGUACACGAACACAUCGGAUGAUAAUCUGUUGAAAAACAUUGAGCUGUUCGACAAGCUGUCCCUGCGCUUCAGUGGGCGUGUGUUCUUCAUCAAGGAUGUGAUCGGUUCGAGCGAAAUCUGUUGCUGGUCGUUUUACGGCAAUGGCAAAAAGGUGGCCGAAGUGUGUUGCACCUCGAUCGUGUACGCUACCGAUAAGAAGCACACGAAGGUAGAGUUUCCGGAGGCGCGCAUUUUCGAGGAAACGCUAAACAUACUGCUAUACGAGAACAAAAACGCACCGGAUCAGGAGCUAAUGCAGGCGACAUCAUUACGCGGUGCGGUUGGCGGUAUCAGCUCGUACACGAGCGACGAGGAGGAAGAGAGGACCGGUUUGGCUAGGUUACGCUCAAACAAACAGAACAACCCUACAUGAUUCACACAUCAGCUAGUGCUGAAAAGGAAGCUGUUGCCAAAGAGGAACUAGCACCACCACAGAGACAGAGGCAGAAAACUCAUCGCGUUGCGCAUCGGCUGUUCCGGCCUUUCUGGCGCUCACCAACAGCUAAUACGAUUCCAGUGUGAGUGAGGACCGUGUGUGUGUGUGUGAUUGAGUAUUACGAUUCGGCUCGUGGUAUGUGCGCGUUUUGUGUGGACAAUGAUCAAAUGGAAUAGCUAUGGGAUUAAAAUUUACAAUCAUAUAGAAACAAUUAAAAGCUCCGUGUUAGUCGCGUUCGACAUACGACAACGUGGGUUGAUAUGGAAUAUUUGUGCGGAACUAACAAAACCGGACGAUAACAAUCAAUCCUAAACAUUAUAACUUAUCUGCCCUUUAGUCUGGGAGCGAUCCAACACCAAAGGAAGAUUGAAGAUGCGAUAGGAGUUAUUGCUCCUGUGGAAAGUGAAAGCGUUAAAAUAAUAACAACAAUCGACUCCUAAUAUCAAUAAAUUGCGUUUAGAUAAACGGGAAACAAUGCAUACAUACAAUAUCCAUAUGAAACUAGAAUAAUC